GUUCUCUGCAACGUGGACUUGAGAAUGAGGAUCGACUCCCGGAUUUGCAACGGAGGCUUCGGAUGCUUCCAACGGACUUGGAGGCCUAUUUUCGCCACAUGCUCAAUAACGUUGACUCAACAUAUAGGGUAGAAGCAGCGAAAUGCUUCGAUAUUGUCUUGCAGUCAAAGAGGGCUCUGAGCCUGUUGACAUAUUCUUUCCUCGAUGAAGACGAUCCCGUUCGGCUCGUGCUUGCUUCACAUAUCAAGCCCCUUACAGCGAUUGAUCUGAGAUCACGAUGCCGGGCUAUGAGUAAGCGUUUGAAUGCCAGAUGUCAGGAUCUCCUGGAAAUAACAACGGCCACACAAACCUCUAUACCUUCAACUGCUCUAGAAGCGUUACUACAGAGCUCUGGUAGGCGUACAAAUAUACCUAGGAGUACCAAAAGUAAUUUCCCAACACCCGAUGAUUUUCAGCUCUACCGUGUUGAUUUCUUGCACCGCACAGUGCGGGACUUUCUUGAAGCAGACGAAAUGCGUGGAAUGUUCUCAAGUCGGUUACUGGCAAUAUUUGAUUCGCUUCGUUGGCUCUGUGCAUCAUUCCUACAACAAGUCAAAUGUCUGCCCCCAGGACUGAGCUUGGCGAGUAUUCGCCCGCUUUUUGUAACACUGGUAGAAAAUGCCACGUGUUUUGCUCGUGAGUCUGAAUUUUGUGGGCAGAACUCUAGUCCCCAGACAGACUUGUUGGACGAGUUGGAGCGUGUCAUCGCAGUUCUCUAUUCCAAGUUCGGAGCCAACCUCCUGAACUCUUUCAUGGAGCCGGAUACCUUCGGGCCCAUACGGCAUCUAACCGAGGCCGUAGGUGGUAGCUUCACGGCUAUAUGCGUUCGAAGAGACCUCUUUCUGUAAGUCCGUGAAAGACUUGACGAUGAACCAAGAUUGCAGACGCGAGAGUACCUGAGCGCACUUUUGCU